AUGUUUCCCUUCACAGCAUCAAUGCACAUGCUGGCACCGACCAAUCACCGGCCCCAGCUGACACGCAGGGUGCACGAAGACACCAGUCUCCAAAAAAUGGUCAAUCCCGUCGCUGCGCCCACACCGUCGCUCCGAGCACAUCCAUCCACGGAAAUACCCCCCGAAGCACUCCAAUUUGCUCCGCCUUUGGCUGCAUACACGGCCGGCCGAUGCGGCGCCGACGAAAUGUUCCUGGAAUACAACUCGACGUUGCAGAGCGCCGCGCUCCGAGGCGUCAAGGACAUGGCCCUUUUUCUGCCCCAAACUCAAAAGAAGCUCCAGAUGCUCCAGCGGGUUAGAGAGACAGGAUACUUCACGCUACGGCCUGUUGGGAUACAUAAGACCAUGGCCGAGCUAGACCGCGAUGCGGUGGCAGAAGAGGAUGAGCAGAGGUCUGCGCACGCGGAGAACCUGGCCGCGAUGAUGACGGGGGAACAGCUGUCGCAGUAUACGCACGGAACGGGGGUUCUGGAAGAGGAGUCUGAUCUGAGCGGUGCUUUGGGGAUCAGUGGGUCGGGCAUUGUGGGCAGCUCGGGGUUGUUGGCUAGCUCUGGGGUGUUGGCUACAGGGAUGGACAGAGACCUCGAUGAGGAGUUGGUGGAUGCAGAUAUAAAUGAUCUUUCGCUACAGACUGAAGAAGCGGACUCCGACACUCCUGAUGCAUUCAUGGCCGAAGACGUCGAGUACCAGAACGACCACAGUCUAGCAUCGGGCUCUGUGGUUGGCGCUGGUCAAUUGGUGGGACAUGGACACGGCUCAGCAGGCUCUGAGACCGUCUGGAACAGUCCUAUUGCAACAACCAGCGCGCGCAUCUUGAGCACAUCGUCGCAUAGGGUACUCGACGAUUCAGACAUCGACAUGACUCUAGAUGAGUAG